UACACUAUUGUAGUGAGGGAGGGUGUCAGCAUCGGGUUUCUCUUUGAAUUGUGCUCAGGAAUUCCAUGGCAUUUCACAAGUCGGACGCCUUCAACUGAGCAGUGAGCACCAAAUUGAGGGUGGUUGACGUUACAGCAUGGAGGUUUUGUCAAGGUCAGAAGAUCAGGAAAAUUACAAUGAUUUUGACCCAAGAAAGUACCUAGACCAGUUUUACGCAGUAGAUGAAGACCAUAAAAUGACAGAGGAGGCCAUUUUCCUGUUCACGUUUAUGAAAAAUGUAUUUUCAUCUGGUCAUGUGGAAGGCAAUAGUCUUAUAGAGAUUGGUGCCGGUCCCACCAUAUGUCACAUUCUGUCUGCCUGUGAAAACUUCAAGCAAAUAUACCUUACAGAUUAUUUAGAAAGAAACCUGCAAGAAAUAGAGAAAUGGAUAAAAGGUGAUAAGGAGGCCUUUGAUUGGUCUCCACAUCUGAAGUGUGUCUGUGACCUUGAAAACCACAGGUCCACAGAGGAGGAAAAGGCCGAGAAGAUCCGCAGGAAAGUCUCACUCAUGAAGUGUGAUGUCACCAAAGCCAAUCCCCUAGAACCAAAUUCCCUUCCCCUGACCGACUGUGUGAUUGUCGCUGCGUGUCUCAUCUGUGCUUGCAAGACUGUUGAAGAAUUUAAAACCGCCCUGAAAAACAUUGUAUCUCUGAUCAGACCCGGGGGUCAUCUAAUUGUCAAUGAUUAUUUAGGAGCCUCCUAUUACUUGGUCGGCAAGGCAAAGUUUUCAGUUCUGUCACUUGAUGAAAAUAUUUUGCGAGAGGCGGUGACUGAGAGUGGAUGUGAGAUUCAGGAGUUUGCAACGUUUACUGAUUUACAAUUUCCAGAUGAAGUGUUUAAUUGUAACGUUUCUUUCUGUCUUCAAGCCCGCAAACAUUGAAGCCGUAGAGGGAAACAAUAAAAAGAGGCAAAAUUGACUUUAAAGGAGACGUCCAGCCUGAGCUUGUUUGGCUGGGCUUCUCCUAUGGGUCAUAGGAGUCCAAUACGUUUUGCGCUCCUGUGACCCGUUUUCAGACCGCUCUCUGCUGACGUCACAGGAAUCAGUCCAGGUACCGCAUCAUCACAACAAUAAAGUCUGGAUCCGCCAGGUGACUGGACUGAUACCCAUCUCAACGAGCUGCUGAGAGCCUAAGACGGCCACUCUCCGCCCCUCCACAGCUUAGCGCUCCAUUAAGCGCAGGGGGGGGGAGGCAGAGCGCAUUGAUUGACCAUCAGCAGCUCUCUGCUCGGGGAGCCGAGAGAAACGAGCCAUAAGUAGAACUGAUGAAGGCCAAUGAGAGGCCGACACGCAGUUAGAAGAGAGGAGUCUUAUCUGUGAUGUCAAGCGAAGCACCUUGAGUCUAAAUCUGCGGUGGAUGAGCUGGUGAUUUGAUACAUGCUGUUUUUAUUGUUAUUUCUUGUAAGUGUAACUUUUUAGGG